AUGAAGACGGCUGGAUUACUUGAGGGUAAUGAGCAGGCCUCAUUCUAUGACAGAAAGUGUAAAGUGCUUGUCUGUGCUCAUUCAAAAGCCAAUAACACUCCUGUUAGUAUCGGCUCAUACACCACGGGCACCUCGGUCAAUAGUCUGACCUUGUCCCAGUGCAAGAUCUGGGAAGCUGCACGCGCAACCUCAGCUGCCUUUGGAUUCUUUGACCCUAUCAAGAUCAGCUGGCAGGACUACGUCGACGGUGCAACUGGUCGAAACAAUCCUGUUGACGAAUGUUUUGUGAGCAUUGAGGCCGGUAUUUCUGAGCCAAAAGACUUCAGAGACAACUUAGCAGGGAUUAAGAAGGCAAUCAUCGCCAUCACUACCGAGACAGAGGACACAGAAUCUCGUUUUUGUGAGAACCAUGAAUCCUUUGGGCUCGGCGGUCGAUACUUUCGCUUCAAUGUCGACAAGGGCUUACGGGAUGUCAGUCUGGACGAGUUUGACAAGGUUGGGAAAACAUGA